GAAAAACAAAAACAAAAAAAAAAAAAACAGAGAGCGAUUUAGGGUUUAUCGGAGAACCGAUUAAACUUGCGAAUCGAAUAAAAAAGAUAAAAACUUGGAAGAAGAAGAAACGGAAUGAACCCAUUAACAUUAGUGAAAAGAAUACAAAACAUAAAUUCAAAAGAAGCGUCCUUAGGAAUCUCAGAAGACGCAUCAUGGCAUGCCAAAUACAAAGAUUCUGCUUAUGUUUAUGUCGGUGGCAUUCCUUUUGAUCUUACUGAAGGCGAUCUUCUUGCUGUUUUUGCCCAAUAUGGUGAGAUCGUUGAUGUUAAUCUUGUUAGAGACAAAGGCACCGGAAAAUCAAAAGGCUUUGCUUUUGUGGCAUAUGAGGACCAGAGGAGUACAAUUCUUGCUGUUGAUAAUCUGAAUGGUGCCCAAGUCCUUGGGCGUACUAUAAGAGUUGAUCAUGUUGUUAAAUACAAAAAGAAAGAAGAAGAGGACGAAGAGGCAGAGCAACAGAAAAGGGAGGAACGAGGAGUUUGUCGUGCUUUUCAGAGAGGUGAUUGUACCCGUGGAGCUGGAUGUAAAUUCUCCCAUAAUGAGCAAAGAGCUGCAAACACAGGCUGGGGUGCCCAAGAUGCCAAAAAUUCUAGAUGGGGGAAUGACAAGUUUGAAGGUGCAACAAGAGGACCAGGCCCUUCAAACCAGGUACAAGACACAAGGAUGCAGGACAAAGAUGCAAGAAAUUCCAGGAUUGAGAAACACAGUUAUCACAGAACAAAAGAAACAAAUUCAAGAGAUGAAGACACCAAAAGCAGAUCGAAAGUAGAGAAGAAAGACGAGGACUCUCACGGGAAUGGGAAAAAGCCACCCAGGUUUGAUCCAGAAGAUCAUGAUCGGAGGAAGGACAAAAAGUCAAAACAUGAUUCGGGAUCGUAUAGAAGAGAAUAUCAAGAAGCUGAUGGAAGAACCAGCCGUGAAAAAUCGGAUAGAAGAAGCAGUCGUGGAGAAUCUGCCUCGCGUGACCACAGAAGAAAGGAUGAAGACUACCGGGAAAGAUCACACAGAGGAUGAAUCUGUCUAGCAUUGUAAGAUACGGAUAACUGGUUGCUUGGAGGGCACAAAUUGCGAUUGUUCUCUACCACAUCUCUCAGUAAAGUAGUUUUUCAUGAAUAGUUAGUCUUACUCUUAUGGCGGUCAAAUGAGCAAGUUGGCGUGAUGUUAGGGUUUUUGGUUGAAUAUCAGGUGUCAAUGUUGAGAUGUGCUAUCGCGUUGUAUCAAUUUGGUCUAUCCUUGCCAAGUUUGGCUUGUGAUUAACUUCUUGCUCUCAUAACCUAAGCCUCUUUUGUGUGUCAAAAAGAAAUUACAUCUUUGGUUUCUCUGUUAUUAGCUGUAACCUGCAUUAUUAUAUAUUUUUUUUAGUAA